AUGACUAAUGAAUGGCCCAACGGGAAGAGCAAGGACUGCAUCUUCACCGAGAUCGUGCUGGAGAACAACUACACGGCUUUCCGGAACGCCCGCUACGAGGGUUGGUACAUGGCCUUCACCCGCCGGGGCCGGCCCCGCCAGGCUUCCCGCAGCCGGCAGAACCAGCGGGAGGCCCAUUUCAUCAAACGCCUGGCCCGGGGGCAGCUGCCUUUCCCCAACCACCCCGAGCGCCAGCAGCAAUUCGAGUUCGUCGGCUCCUCCUCCCCCACCCGCCGCACCCGAGCCCCCGCCACGGACGAAUUUGAGACAUUCUUGAAAGGACAGGGCUUUGAGAAAGGGGCCGACUGGGUCCGGACCCUCCCCAUCCCCACCGCCCCCUCCCAGUUUUAG